AUGGGCAACGUCUUCAGUGUCCCGAUCUUCAUCAUUACUCUGCGCGAGACCAUCGAAGCAGCGAUCAUCAUCUCCGUCCUGCUCGGCCUCGUCGAGUCGCUCGUCCACGAACAUGGUAACGAAAAGGGCGCGGACGUCGUUGACAGCCUGGAGGUAGGUGAGAGGAGAAGGCUGAUUCGGAGGAUGCGGAUCCAAAUCUGGGCAGGAGCGCUCGUCGGCCUGUUCAUUGCCCUCUGCAUCGGAGCUGCCUUCAUCGCCGUCUUCUUCACGACGCUCAACGACCUCUGGGGCAAGACGGAGGAGAUUUGGGAGGGCGUCUUCUCUCUGAUCGCCUGGUGCGUCCGCUCACGUCGCUACUCGGACACCGCACCUGACAUCCUCGACUCUAGCAUCAUCAUCUUCGUCAUGGGCGUCACGAUGCUCCGCAUCGACCGCUCCAAGCUCAAAUGGAAAGCCAAGCUCGCCGGCGCAUUCGACAACAAAGUCGAUGCCUCGACGCUCACGAGCAAGGACAAGCGCCAGGCGCGCAACUCCAAGUGGACGUUGUUCGUUUUGCCGCUCGUGACGGUUCUGCGUGAGGGACUUGAGGCCGUCGUGUUUGUUGGUGGUGUCUCGCUCGGACAGUCUGCCAAGUCUAUCCCGCUCGCCGCCAUCGUCGGCAUCCUCGCUGGCCUCGUCAUAGGCUACUUGAUCUACGCCUCCGGUUCGCGCAUCAACCUCUCCAUCUUCCUCGUCAUCUCCACCAAUAUCCUCUUCCUCCUGGGCGCCGGCUUGUUCUCCAAGGCAGUCGGCGACUUCCAGACUUACCGCUACAACAACGGCGUGGGUGGAGAUAUCGGAGAGACGGGAAGUGGGCCGGGAUCGUUUGAUCCGACCGAUGGGUCUGUCUGGCACCUGACGUACGGCAACCCGGACAACAACACCUCGACGGACGGUUACUCGAUCUUCAACGCCAUCCUCGGCUGGACGAACAACGCGACGAUCGGCACCAUCCUCUCCUACAUCUUCUACUGGCUCGCCGCGAUCGUCUGCCUCGUUUACAUGAAGUGGACCGAAGGACGGACGACGUUCUUUGGCUACAAGUCGGAGGCUUGGUACCGCCGGGCUGCGCGUUGUGAGGGCGGGAACUCCCCCUCGCCGGACUUGAGGGAGAAGAAGGAGAAGGACGGGGUGGAGACGCCGAUGGAGGAGGACAGGCAGUUUGCGAGUCAUGUCUGA